AUGUCUUCGAAUACGCUGGACAAUACGGCGCUUCUAGCAACCGGCAUCUGUAUGGUCAUCCUGACCAGUGCAGUCUUUGGCUUCAGACUGGCAAUCAGCCUGCUCGAGCGCAGGCAGCUCGCUUGGGAGGAUGGCUUCCUCAGUGCGGCGCUCGAGGACCUCGCUGCUGGCAGGAUACCGAUGUACCCGACAAUCAUGGACGACAGUCUGAGGAUCCAGAAGACCUUCUUCGUCACCACUUCUGGUCUCUGGAUCAGCCUGUGGCUCGUCAAAGCAUCCCUCCUCGCGGUCUACAAGAGGCUGAUGGUCAACCUACGCCUGUUCACCAUCCUCUGGUGGACUCUGGCAGGCGCCAUCACUUCGUCGAUGCUGUCUUGCUCCAGUAUGAAGGCUUGGUUCACAGCAGGAGCGUGCGGUACGCAGCGCGACAUUGAGGCGGCGUAUAUCAGUCUUUGGUACUCGUAUGCUGUGGACAUUUUCACAGACAUCCUUGUUAUGCUUCUGCCCCUUGGCCUCAUUCGCAACCUCCAGAUGAAGAUGUCUCGCAAGCUGAGCAUUGCGGGCUUGUUCUGCCUCGGCUGGGUCUGCGUCGCCGUAUCGACCAUCCGCGUCGCUUACCUCGGGCGCAACGCAGUCGAGGGCUCGUCAUUCAAGCAGCCCGCAACUUCGUGGCUCGCGCUGUGGGGGAUCGUUGAGUCGGCAAUUGCCGUCAUCAUCGGCUGCGGGCCUGGCCUGUUCCGCAAAGCCAAAGCAAUCUCGAAGAGCAGAAACAACUACUACAACAUGGGGGUCCCAGGCAGCUCCAAGCCAAAGUCCAAGUCUGCCCAUGGAAACGACAUGGACAUGCAAGCGUAUCGAAAUACUGUUCAGAUAAACAAUGACACUAGCAGUCAAGAGGAACUGGUCAACAUGAGGGGUAGGGAUAAGAUCGUGGUAACACAGUCUGUCAUGGUCAGCUCGAGUCGGGGGGACUGA